CGCUCCAGGAUCCAUCAUUCGCGUGUACGAUGGUCGCUGCCUCUCCUCCGCGCUCGCGCCUCCGCUCCGCCCCCUUUUCGUCGCGCUCGCGCAUCCGCUCCUCCGACAAGCGGCGCUUCUUCCCGACACGCGCGCGCGCGCGCCUCACGCUUCGUCUGUAAUCCUCUAAGCGAGCACCUCAGCGCGCGCUCCGAGCUUGCAGGAGGUCAGAAUAUUCCAGACACGGAAUAGCUCGAGAGAAACGCACUUCAGGAACGUGGAAAGGAUUUUUAAAGGAUUAAAAAACAACAACAACAACAAAAAAAAAAACAGGCAUACACACACACACACACACACAGACAGACAACAAGUGGCGCGUGAGGGCAAUCCGCAAGAAAUCUGGCGUCGCAGAAGCGGGGAUGAACCUGCUGCGCCCGGGCUCCGGUUUCGGCAUGGCGGGCUGGCGGCUGCUGUGCGCCGCUGUGGCGCUCGCGCUGUGGAGGCCCGCGGAGUCGUGUCCCGCCGCCUGCACGUGCACAGGCUUCAGAAUUUACUGCGCCGACACCGAGCGCGGCAUUGCGGCUUUCCCUGCGCUCAGCGAGCCCGAGAUGGAGAACAUCACCGACAUAUAUAUUGCUAACCAGAGCAGCUUCUCCUCCAUCAAUGAUAAAGACCUGACCUUCUACCGCAACCUCAGAAAUCUGACAGUGACCAACACGAGGCUUACGUACGUGUCGCGGCAGGCAUUUCAGAACAACGUCAAACUGCAAUACCUGAACCUGAAGGAUAACAAUCUGUCAUCACUCUCCUGGAAGACCGUUCACCAUCUGAACAUUUCAUACCUGCUGUUGUCUGGAAACCCGCUGCAGUGCUCGUGUGAGAACAUGUGGUUGAAGCAGGGGAGAGGCGAAGAGUCCGAGGCAGCCGAGCUCAUGUGUGUGGAGGAAGGAGGGAAGAGGAGGCAUCUGUCCAAACUCACUCUGCCCAACUGUGUUGUCCCCACAGUCAGCCUCCACCCUAAAAGCGUCACCCUGAUGGCGGGUUCAAACAUAACACUGACUUGUAACGCCUCAGGGAUGCCCACGCCCGAUCUCAACUGGAUCACCUGCCCACUCAAUUCUAGCCAUGAGAUUGUGACUUCGGGACAGUCCUCCAUACUCAGACUCAGAGAUCUCUCAUCCCUGGAUAACGAAUGCAAAAUCACUUGCAGCUCUGAUAACACAGCAGGGGAGAGUGAAGCCUCUCUGCAACUCGACAUUCACUUUGCUCCGACAAUCAGCAAGCUGAUGGACGCCAUCUCCGACCACCACUGGUGCAUCCCGUUCAGCGUAUCUGGCAACCCACAGCCGAAGCUGCACUGGCUGUUACGGGGUGAGCCUCUGACUGAGGGGGCCUUCAUCAGCACCCGGAUCCACGAUUACUCCGAGCACGAGUAUCACGGCUGCCUGCAGCUCGACAACCCCACACACAUCAACAACGGCAUGUACACGCUGCUGGCCAGCAACCCUUACGGCAGCGACCGCAAAGCUGUAUUCGCCCACUUCAUGCACAACCCGUGGAAUGAUACGACAGCCACGGAUUCACUCUACUACGACCCUACCACAGAUGACACUCCUCUUGAGCCACCUGAGGACCGAGUUGCUGUGUACGUGGUCGUGGGAAUCGCCGCCGUCACAUUCACCGGCUUUGUCCUGAUGCUGGUCGUCCUCAAGUUUGGCCGCAAUUCAAAGUUCGGAAUUAAAGGGCCUUCAUCGGUCAUUAGCAAUGACGAUGACUCAGCCAGUCCUCUCCAUCAUGUGUCGAACGGCUCGAACACGCCGUCGUCCUCGGACAUGAACGCCGAUGCCGUCAUCAUCGGCAUGACCAAGAUCCCCGUCAUUGAGAACCCGCAGUACUUCCGCAGCACCAGCAGCCUCCUCAAAUCGGACACCUUUGUCCAGCACAUUAAGAGGCACAACAUUGUGCUUAAGAGGGAACUCGGUGAAGGGGCCUUUGGAAAAGUGUUCCUGGCUGAAUGCUAUAAUCUUAAUCUUUCACACGACCAGGAUAAGAUCCUUGUGGCAGUCAAGACCCUAAAGGAAGCCAGUGAGAACGCACGCAAAGACUUCCAUCGUGAAGCUGAGUUGUUGACAAACCUGCAGCACGAGCACAUCGUCACCUUCUACGGCGUGUGUGUGGAGAGCGACCCCCUCAUCAUGGUGUUCGAGUACAUGAAGCACGGAGACCUCAACAAGUUCCUCAGGGCUCAUGGUCCUGACGCUGUGUUAAUGGCAGAUGGUCAGGUGCAGCAGCAGGCCGAGCUCACGCAGUCUCAGAUGCUGCACAUUGCUCAGCAGAUCGCAGCAGGGAUGGUGUAUCUUGCCUCGCAGCACUUUGUGCACAGAGACUUGGCCACACGUAACUGCCUUGUUGGUGAGAACCUGCUGGUGAAGAUCGGAGACUUUGGCAUGUCCCGCGAUGUGUACAGCACGGAUUAUUACCGAGUGGGUGGUCACACCAUGCUACCAAUCCGCUGGAUGCCCCCGGAAAGCAUCAUGUACAGAAAGUUCACCACUGAGAGUGACGUCUGGAGCCUGGGAGUGGUGCUCUGGGAAAUAUUUACCUACGGGAAACAGCCCUGGUACCAGCUGUCCAACAAUGAGGUGAUUGAGUGCAUCACUCAGGGUCGUGUGUUGCAGCGGCCGCGCACUUGUCCGAAGGAGGUGUAUGACCUGAUGCUGGGCUGCUGGCAGCGAGAACCACACUCUCGCCUCAAUAUCAGAGAGAUCCACAACCUGCUGCUCAACCUGGCCAAGGCCUCACCGGUCUACCUGGACAUCCUGGGCUGAGAGAGAGUGUGUGUGUGUGUGCGUGUGUGCGUGUAUCCCCAAACUGCACUCUAUUGUCCUUUUCCCUUCUUCUCCUCUCUCUCCCACCCCAUUCGGUCCAUCCUGCUCCUCCAAUCCUAAAUGUGUAGUGUGGUAGGCAGCAGGAACCUCAUUUAUCAGUAUUAUUAAAGAAAGACUGAAAUGUGACGCCAAAGACCUUCUACGCCAUCGGACCACUCCUCUACUGGGCAGACACUUACUGUACAGCCACUAGAAAUGUUACUGUAAAUAUCGUCUUCUCCAGAAAUGCAUCAUUUCCAGGACUUCAGGAAGGGCCCUUCACAUUCUGCCUACUUUAUGAAAUGUGGAAAUGUACCGUGACUGUGUCAGAUGAGGAGGGAUCGCAGAAGGUUCCCCCAUCUGAUCCUUCCAGAACAUGUGCAUAUGUAAUAAAUACAGUUAUAAAGCAAGACGUUUGAUAGUAGCAUGGAGAUAUGGAUAGCAAAACGCAGUAUGGUUUUACAUUUUAGAGAUUUUUACAGAAAAAUCAGGAUCGUAGUCUUUAGAGCACUGAGGGCCUUCAAGGUUGUCCUCAAAGUGCACUACAGCAGGGGAUAUUGAGUCAUUUGAGACGAGGCCAUGCCCAUGCUUCAAUACAGUUAGUGUGCAUUUAGGACAAGAGCCCAAUUACCCAGAGUGGCUUAUUAUGAUGGGGUAGGCUAAAUUACGACCCCCUCCCUCCCUUGAAUUAUCACAGAGUUGAAGCAGUGAUGUAGUACUCAAGCCGGGAGCACACAGCUGUUAUGGUGUAAUAUAUAUUUCAUUACAGUACUAAUGUCUGCUAUUAGCACCUAUUCCCCAUAGACUCCUACAGAACGCAGAUGGGAUGAAAGGAAAGGAGGGGGGAAAAAAAGGACAAAAAAUUAUUUUCCAAAACUCCAAACCAAAUCACAAGUAUAUUUAUUUUAUCAUUACACAAGCCCCAGAUUUCUAUUCACCAACGCACUUUUUAAUACUGAUCAUAAACACACAAAUUCUUCAGCCACAUGAACCCCAGUACUUUUUUGUGAUAUCAUCCAUCUCUGCUUAGUUAUUAGGAAAUUCAUAGUAUGUUAGGACGUAACAUUGAGCAAGGGCAAAGAGUGUAUAAUUUUGCACACCUGUACACCUGCUGUAAUAUAAUAUAUACACACACACAUAUAUAAACACACAUAUGGAUGUGUUGUAAGUCACUGAAUCCUGAAUUGUGUAUACCUUUUAAAUUUUUUUAAGUGUUAAGUUGUAAAAUGUAUUUAAUGUGAAGCACCUGUUUAUUUUUGUAAGUUAUUAUUUUUGCUAAUUUAUUUUUGCCUGAUUUAAAUCUUAUAGAAUGACUGUACAGAAGUGCACAAGUUUGACCAAAAAUGCUGUUAUCUAAUGUUUUCUUUAAGCUAGUCAAUUAUUUUCAUGACUCCUAUGUCCGAGUGAAUGUAGAGAAGUGUGAGAAAGCUACCAAAAACUAUUAAUGUCGCUAACAGUGCACGACAGCUAAUAGGUUUGUGUUAGCAUGUUCUCAGCUAAUUGUUCAGCUAGGCGCUUUCAUUCCUUUUAGCUAUAUUAAGAUUUUUUGGUCUGUUUUUCCUUGCAGGCAUGUUCUCAUAGGGCUUAUGACAGGCGAAUAGAUGACUGAAGAAGUCUAUGUAUUGUAAAAGAAUAACAGUGAUGCUGUGCUGAAGAAUGAAGCUAGUCUGCGCUAAUCUCGACAUUUCUAAUGUAUAGUGGAACAGAAAACUGUGAGUACAUAGCAACUGACCAUGAGUUGUGACUGGACAGAACUUUUCAGCCUGUGUGCUCUAAUCUUUAAGCGUCUAUAAGCUACAACACGACCUGGAUGAGUGAGAGUUAGCCAUUAGUCGCUGUACGGGGAAAGGGCAGCCAUGUUGCUUUUUUUUAAAAGCAGAGCUUAAGAUCAACAAAUGGCUGAGGAUGUUUCAGACAAAAAUAUACUACAUGUGUGUGGCUUGUUUUAGACACACUCAAUCACACAUAUCCUCUUAAAUAAAAAAGGAGAAAAAAAAAAGUCUCAUAUUUUAGCAGGUCUGUUUAAAGUAUCAGCCGGUGGUGUCAGACUCCAUUCCUGUUGGGCCACAGCUUACAGAGAUUUGUCUUUUCCCUCUACUAAUUAUCAGAUGAGAGGUGAAUCAGAUGUGUUCAAUUUGAGGUAAAAAGCUGUUGCUCUACAGGACUAAACUCUGACGUGCCUGGUGUAAACGGCUACAUGCUCAAAAGCAAAAACCUCAUCAACAGUGACAUUACUGUUACAAUACUUGUAUCCAUAUGAUCAAAUGCGCUCAGUGACGUUGAGGCAGUCAUGAUACAUUGUAUUUAAUAAAAGUGUCAUGCCUUACCAAAUUUGUGUGUGUGUGUGGGUGUGUUCAGUUACGGUAAAUCAUUUCGGUCAAUACAAGUCAUGGCUGGAGCUUAUUGACUGAAAAUCACACAACAGCUUGACUGACAGCUUUGUUCUUUAUGUUUUAUUGACUGGUGACCGAAAGCAACAGAUUAAAAAGACUAACCGACUGUUCAGUCAUUUAGAUAUAUGACCAACAUGACUGUCAAUGUAACUGAGUAUCA